GCAAAGCCAAAAUCGAUUAGAACUUCGUUCUGGUUUCGCCUCCUCCGGCCCGCGCCCUUUCAUCUGUUUUGUGGUCGCCAUUUCUGCGUGUGCAAUCAUACACUAGUCUGAUAACGAAAAUUCGAGACUGUAUGCAUCUCUAGUUUUGAUUUUCCCAGCUAAUUUUUCCUUUCUGUUGCUCUGCGCUCGAGUUUUUCCCCUUUCGUUGAAGCACUGAAAAUGAUUGCUCUGGAGGAAUCGAGCUUGCUGAUGGUUUAUUGCUGUGUGUUUGCUGGGGGGAUGAUAGCUGGAAAACGAAUAGCUCGACGGUUUGUUAAGACCUUUAUAAUACCUACGGUGCCGCGAAGUUGUAAGUUUAGGGUUUUCUGAAUUUUGAGUUAGGUAUUUCGUUGUCUUUGUCGUUUUAAUUUCUGUUUUUAUGCCGUUGCAACUGGGAUUGAACAUUUGAGCAUACCGAGGGUUUGUUUUGGUCAAUUCCCUGUUAUUCAAGAAGGCUGUUGCCAUUGCGCUUUUUCUCGAUCUAAUUUGAACCGGUGUUUGGGAAUUCUGUGGUCUGCAAUCGACGUGUGAUUUGGGGGAGUUACUGAUUUCUUAUUACUAAGUGCAAAGAUUGUGGGUUUGUGAUAAGUGAAUCUUGAACUUCAAACUUCCACUGGGUAUACGAUAAAUGUUUGUGUGAUAAGGACAAUCCCUGACACAAGUUGAAUUUCUUCAUUUAAAGGAUAAUGUUUCAGUUUAGUUAUGGUGAUUGAAUCUGGACUCACACAUUGUGGAUUGUCCCGUGGAUGUUAAGAGUUUGGGUUAUAUCUUGGUAGUUUUGAAGUAAUAUACUUAUUGCAACUGGUAAAUGGCGGAUACAAGAGAACUAGGGUUUCCAAAGACGAGUGCAGGCAAUUUGAAAGAGCAGUUGGUGAGGACGACUCUUCGGAACGUGAGAUCUCAAGGGCACCCGUAUGUUGAAAUUAGGGAAGAUGGAAAGAAAUUGAUAUUUUACUGUUCUUUAUGUCUUGCACCCUGUUAUAGUGAUUCAGUUCUGUUUAAUCACUUGAAGGGUAGUCUACACACCGAAAGGUUGGCAGCUGCUCAAAUGACUCUGCUGAAACCAAAUCCAUGGCCGUUCAGUGAUGGCAUGCUUUUCUUUCAUGAUGAUUCAGAGGAGAACAGUAGAAGUUUACUUGCUUCAGGUUCCGAGCAAAACAAGUUUCUAGACAACCAUAGCGCUGAUGCAGAUAGCCUUGCUAUUGUUAAUUACGGUGAAGGUUUGGGAGCGGAUGCUAGUACUCAUGUACUUCGGGAUUCUAAGAAGAAUCAUGAUUGUGAUGAAAAUCACAGCUAUGCGAGCUUUGAUGGUGAUGAAAGCAGUAAGGACCUCAUUAUUCCUGCGGUUUUGCAAAAAGAUGAGGUGUCUGAUUUGGUAGUGAGGCAUGUGGGAGUUGGACUGAUUGGUGGUAAAUUUAGUGAGAAAGGUGGAACCUCCAAUAAAGUUUGUAGUAUAUGGUGUGAAUGGCUUGGGAAAAAGGGAUCUGAGGUUAUGAAUAUUAAUGGGGUUCCUGAACAUGACUUUUCUGUUGUUACUUUUUCUUACAACUAUAACCUGGGUCGGAAGGGAUUACUUGAUGGUUUCACAUAUUCGCUUCCUUUUAGUCCUUACUCAGAAGCUGAGGAUGGCUUUGGUUCUAGAGGUAAGAAGAGGAAGUCAUUCUCUGAUCCAGAGGAUGUAAGUGAGGCCUUAAGUAAUCGAGAUGAUUCGUCUGGUGAAGAGUCUCAAUCUUCAAAUAAUUCAAUUGUUAAAAUCUUGUCUGGAAAUGAUGAUCAGCUAGUUCAUUCUCGAAUUUUAUCAAGCAAAACCAUGAGGAAACAGUUGAGAAAACAACAGCGUGUUGCCUCAGAGAGGGCUUGUGAUAUAUGCCAACAGAAGAUGCUUCCAAAUAAAGAUGUUGCCACCCUCUUGAACAGAAGAACUGGAAAGCUUGCUUGCAGCAGCCGAAAUACUAAUGGGGCAUUCCAUCUGUUUCACACUUCAUGUCUCAUUCAUUGGUUACUACUCUGUGAGGUUGAAAUUUAUGAAAAGCAGUCAGUUCAUCCCAAAGUGAGAAGACGAUCUAGGAGAAAAACUAAAAGCAAGACGGGUAAAAGCAGGGCAAAGCAUGAUGUGCUAGAAAAGCAGAUUGUCUCAGUAUUAUGCCCCGAAUGCCAGGGUACUGGUGUGGAUAUAGAUGGGGAGGAACUGGAGAAACCAACUGUCCCUCUUUCUGAGAUAUUCAAGUACAAAAUAAAAAUAUGCGACGCACGAAAGGCAUGGAUGAAAAGCCCACAAGUGUUGGAAAACUGCUCGAUUGGGUUUAAUUUCCCUGCCAACUCUGAUGGAACAUGUCAGGAAACUGUGGCAUACCCGAAACUUUUACAGUUCUACCGUGCCAGCGACUAGGAUGAAAUACUGCUUCGUUUGAUGUUAUGUAGGUUAUGGGUCUGAACUUUUUAACAUCUAUGUUUGGUUUUAAAUGUGAUGAUUCUGAAGAAACCAUGUGUGCUGUUAGCUGUAUGCUCUGUGGAUAUGUUAGUGGAUUUGUCUAAAUUUGUGUCAAUGUGAAAAGUUAGAUCUUUCAGUUCGAUGCGUUCACAUGUAUAUAUACUUGAGGAACCUCUGCUUAGAUGAAAUCCUUCUUGACAUUAA